AUGACCGUCAAGCUGGAUUUCGAGGAGUGUUUAAAAGACUCGCCACGGUUCCGAGCCUCUAUCGAGCGGGUGGAAGCUGAAGUAUCAGACUUGGAGACCCGUCUGGAAAAGCUCCUCAAGCUGGGUACCUGCCUCUUGGAAAGUGGGCAUCAUUACCUUGCCGCCAGCCGUGCCUUCAUCAUCGGUAUUUGUGAUCUGGGCCGCCUGGGCCCUCCAGAGCCCAUGAUGGCGGAGUGUCUGGAAAAAUUCACUGACAGCCUGAACCACAAACUGGACAGCCAUGCAGAGCUUCUAGAUGCUACUCAACACACACUGCAGCAGCAAAUCCAGACCCUGGUCAAGGAAGGUCUCCGGGCUUUCCGAGAGGCUCGUCGAGAUUUUUGGCGGGGGGCUGAGAGCCUGGAGGCUGCUCUUACCCACAACGCAGAGGUUCCCAAGCGCCGGGCCCAGGAGGCUGAAGAAGCAGGAGCUGCUCUGAGAACUGCUCGAGCUGCGUACCGUGGACGGGCAUUGGAUUACGCCUUGCAGAUCAAUGUGAUUGAGGACAAGAGGAAGUUUGACAUCAUGGAGUUUGUGUUGUGCUUGGUGGAGGCCCAAGCUGCCCAUUUCCAGGAAGGCCAUGAAGAGCUGAGCCGGCUGGGCCAAUAUCGCAAGGAACUGGGUGCCCAGUUGCACCAGUUGGUCUUGAAUUCAGCACGAGAGAAGAGGGACAUGGAGCAGAGACACGUGCUACUGAAACAGAAGGAGCUGGGUGGGGAGGAGCCAGAGCCAAGCUUAAAGGAGGGUCCUGGUGGCUUGGUCAUGGAAGGACAUCUCUUCAAACGGGCCAGCAACGCUUUUAAAAAAUGGAGCAGACGCUGGUUCACCAUUCAGAGCAACCAGCUGGUAUACCAGAAGAAGUAUAAGGACCCUGUGACCGUGGUGGUGGAUGACCUUCGGCUUUGUACAGUGAAACUCUGCCCUGACUCAGAAAGGCGGUUCUGCUUUGAGGUGGUGUCCCCCAGCAAGUCCUGCCUCCUCCAGGCUGACUCAGAGCGUCUGCUUCAGCUGUGGGUCAGUGCUGUGCAAAGCAGCAUCGCUACUGCUUUCAGCCAGGCUCACCUGGAUGACAACCCCCGGGCUCCAGGCCAGGCCUCAGGACACCUGGCCAUAGGCUCUGCUGCUACCCUAGGCAGUGGUGGGAUGGCCAGGGGCAGGGAGCCUGGGGGUGUUGGGCACGUGGCAGCCCAGGUGCAGAGCGUAGAUGGUAAUGCCCAAUGCUGCGACUGUCGAGAACCAGCCCCGGAGUGGGCCAGCAUCAACCUUGGUGUCACCCUCUGCAUUCAGUGCUCUGGCAUCCACAGGAGCCUUGGCGUCCAUUUCUCCAAAGUCCGGUCUCUGACCCUCGACUCAUGGGAACCAGAACUAGUGAAGCUGAUGUGCGAGCUGGGAAAUGUAGUCAUCAACCAGAUCUAUGAGGCCCGCGUGGACGACAUGGCCGUGAAAAAGCCAGGACCCAGCUGCUCCCGGCAGGAGAAAGAGGCUUGGAUUCAUGCCAAGUAUGUAGAGAAGAAGUUCCUGACGAAGCUUCCUGAAAUACGAGGGCGAAGAGGCCGGGGACCCCCUCGGGGGCAGCCUCCGAAGCCUCCAAAGCCUCCCAUGAAACCCCGGCCAGGGAGCUUCCGACGCAAGAUAGAACACCCCACUGAGGACCUGGGCAGCCUGCACUCUGGAGCCCUGCUGUUUCGAGCUGCUGGGCAUCCUCCAUCCCUUCCCACUAUGGCCGAUGCCCUUGCCCAUGGAGCCGAUGUCAACUGGGUCAAUGGAGGUCAAGAGAAUGCCACACCACUGAUCCAGGCCACCGCUGCUAAUUCUCUUCUGGCCUGUGAGUUUCUCCUUCAGAAUGGAGCGAACGUGAACCAAGCGGACAGUGCAGGACGGGGCCCGCUUCAUCAUGCAACCAUUCUUGGCCACACAGGCCUUGCCUGCUUGUUCCUGAAACGAGGAGCCGAUCAGGGGGCUCAGGACUCUGAAGGCAGGGACCCUCUAACCAUCGCCAUGGAAACAGCUAAUGCUGAUAUCGUCACUCUGCUGCGAUUGGCAAAGAUGAGGGAGGCUGAAGCAGCUCAGGGCCAGGCAGGAGAUGAGACCUAUUUGGACAUCUUCCGUGACUUCUCCCUCAUGGCAUCAGACGACCCAGAGAAGCUCAGCCGACGUAGUCAUGACCUUCACACGCUUUGAUCCCAGGCCUUUGGGGCCC